AUGUCUGGGCCGAACGGCGCGCGGAUGAAGAGCAUGCUCGCGGGUCUCCGCGCCGACGGGGAGGAGGGGCGCCAGGUUGAGGCACUCACGCAGCUCUGCGAGAUGCUGUCCAUCGGCACGGAGGACACCCUCGCGGGCUUCUCAGUGGACUCGUUCGUGCCUGUUCUGGUCGGGCUGCUCAACCAUGAGAGCAACCCCGACAUCAUGCUGCUCGCCGCGCGGGCCCUGACCCACCUCUGCGACGUGCUUCCGUCGUCCUGCUCUGCCGUUGUGCACUAUGGCGCCGUGGCAUGCUUCUGCGCCCGGCUUCUCACCAUUGAAUAUAUGGACCUUGCUGAGCAGUCCUUACAAGCACUCAAGAAGAUAUCCCAGGAGCAUCCAACUGCCUGCUUGAGGGCUGGCGCGCUAAUGGCAGUGCUAUCGUAUCUUGACUUCUUCUCCACCGGUGUUCAAAGAGUUGCGUUAUCUACAGCUGCCAAUAUGUGUAGGAAGCUUCCUUCAGACGCCUCAGAUUUUGUAAUGGAAGCGGUUCCACUGCUAACAAAUCUUCUGAACUACCAUGAUGCAAAAGUGCUGGAACAUGCUUCUGUUUGCCUGACUCGUAUAGCAGAAUCGUUUGCUUCAUCCCCAGAGAAAUUGGAUCAAUUGUGCAAUUAUGGAUUGGUUGCACAAGCUGCUAGCUUAAUAGCUGUUAGCAACUCAGCGGGACAAGCAUCACUGAGUACAUUAACAUAUACAGGAGUAAUUCGUGUUCUGUCAAUAUGUGCAAGUGGAUCUUCAUUGGCAGCUAAAACACUCCUCCUCCAUGGAAUUAGCGGCACACUUAAAGAUAUCCUUUCAGGUUCUGGUUUGGUUGCUGGUACAACUGUAUCCCCCACUAGGCCAGCUGAUCAGAAUAUUCAAAAUUUGGAAGAAAGUUGCAUGCUGGAUACUUAUUCUGUGUAUAAUAAUUUGCCAAAUGUUUCCCGUGCUCGUGCUGUUUGUGCAGUCCUGCAAGCUAUAACAAUGUAUGAAAUUGUGAACCUUGCCGACGAAUUGCUUCCUCCUCUACCUGCUGGAACCAUUUCUUUACCAGCGCAUUCCCAUGUUUUUAUGAAAGGCUCUUCUGUAAAGAAACCUGGUUCUAGCAAGCAAGGCGAGUCUGGUUCAACAGAUAUUAAAGUCUCGGGUCGGGAGAAGUUAUUGCGUGAUCAGCCUGAACUUCUCCAGCAAUUUGGCAUGGACAUAUUACCUACCAUGACACAGGUGUAUGGCUCCAGUGUAAAUGGACCAAUACGUCAUAAAUGCUUAUCUGUCAUUGCUAAAUUAAUGUAUUACAGCUCAGCGGAAAUGAUCGAAAUUCUCCAUGGCACAACAAACAUAUCCAGCUUCUUAGCUGGCAUCUUAGCUUGGAAAGAUCCACAUGUGUUGGUUCCCGCUCUCCAGAUAGCUGACAUUCUGAUGGAAAAGCUCCCUGGGACAUUUUCGAAGAUGUUUGUGAGGGAAGGUGUUGUUCAUGCUGUAGAAUCGCUUAUAUGCCAGGAAAUCUCUAGUCCAAUGCUUUUUCAAGUACCACAGCAGGACAAGGAUAUUGAUUCUGGUAUAUGUACAUCUUCACGUUCAAGACGCAGCCGCCGGCGCAGCAGUGCUGGGAAUACUGAUAAUAAUUCCUUGGAUGAACCAAAGGGUUCCCAUACUACUAUUGCCAAUUCACCACCAAGCACGCUAGAAGGUCCAAAUACUAGUAUUCGUGCUUCAGUUAGUGAUCGUGCGAAGUCAUUCAAAGAUAAGUACUUCCCCUCUGAACCCGGCUCAAGUGAUAUUGCAGUUACUGAUGACCUUUUGAAGCUACGGGCACUCUGUGCAAAAUUAAAUGCCACUGCGGACACUGUUAAAACAAAAGCCAAGGGGAAAUCAAAGUCACUGGGAGGUGAUGAUUUUGAUAUCUUAUGCAAUGUCGAGGAACAGUUAGACGACAUCAUAGACAAAAUAUUGUCUGAGCUUAGCAAUGGGGAUGGGGUUUCCACGUUUGAGUUUAUUGGGAGUGGAGUUAUCUCAGCAUUGCUUAACUAUUUGUCUUGUGGAACCUUUGGAAAGGAAAAGGUGUCCGAAGCAAACCUACCCAAGUUGCGUCACCUGGCACUCAGGCGAUAUAAAGCAUUUAUAUAUGUUGCCCUUCCAAAUGAUGCGGUAGGGAAUCAAACUCCAAUGGCAUUCUUAGUUCAAAAACUGCAAAGCGCGUUGUCUUCGCUGGAACGGUUCCCAGUUGUGAUUAGCCAUUCUGGAAGGACGUCCAGUUUGGGAGGAUCUCGUCCAUCCUCUGGAUUAAGUGCUCUAUCCCAGCCCCUGAAGUUGCGCCUGUGUCGAGCAACAGGUGAAAAAACGCUCAAGGAUUAUUCAUCCAAUAUAGUUCUUAUUGAUCCCUUGGCAAGUUUAGCAGCCGUUGAAGAUUUCCUUUGGCCUAGAAUCCAGCGUAGCGAGUCAAUAUCUUAUCCUGCAGUAUCAUCUGGAAAGAAUUCUGAAUCUGUGGCACCUAGUGCAACAGCACCAGUGGCUUCGUCAACUCAAUCUGUCCGGCGGCCCUCAACUAGGUCGAAAUCAUUGGCUGAUGCUGAUUCUGCAACUAAGAAGGAUAUUCAGGAGGGGAGCGGAAACACAUCCAAGGGAAAAGGCAAAGCUGUUGUUAAGUCGACGUCCGAUGAACCAAAAGGACCACAUACUAGGACUGCGGCACGCAGAAAAGUUGCUUCACAGAAAGAUGCAGAAGUGAAGCCACCACACAGUCACAGUAGCUCAGAGGACGAAGAACUGGGCGCAUCUCCCUUUGAGGCUGAUGAUGCUUUGAUGCUUGGUGAUGACGAUGAUGAUGUUUCAGAUGAUGAAGAUGAUGAUCAUGAGGUUCUACGUGGGUCUCUUCCUGACUGUGUUCCAGAGAGUGUUCAUGAUGUAAAACUGGCAGAUGCUGAUGGAUCUAGUAUUGCCUCAAUAGCAAGUGAUAACCAGGCACAACCCUCAUCUGGCUCCAGCAUAAAACAUACUUUUAGUAGCAGGGGAGCAGGUUCUGUUGAACUUAGAAAUCCAAGCACACUUGGUUCGCGGGGCGCGAUGUCGUUUGCUGCAGCUGCCAUGGCUGGGCUUGCUUCUGUUGGUAGUCGUGGUAUCAGAGGUAGCCAGGAUAGGCGUGGCCUUCCACUUGGAACUAGUGCACAUGAGCAUUCGAACAAAUUGAUUUUUACAGCUGGCGGCAAGCAGCUUAGCAAGCAUUUGACCGUAUAUCAAGCUAUGCAACAGCAAGUAGUUCAUGAUGAGGAUGAUGAGGAAAGGCUAGGUGGUUCUGAUUUACCCAAUGAUGGAAGCCGUCUCUGGGGUGAUAUGUUCACUAUAACAUAUCAAAAGGCUGAUAACGAAGUGGAUAGGGAAUCAACCAGAGGUUCAUCUUUAGUGCUGAAAUCGUCCAAAUCAGAACUUUGCAGAGCUACAUCUCAAGAACAAUGUACUUCUCUUCUUGAUAGCAUUUUGCAAGGAGAACUUCCUUGUGAUAUUGAGAAAUCGACCCAAACUUAUAAUAUUUUAGCACUAUUGCGUGUAUUGGAGGGAUUGAAUCAGCUAUCUCCUCGUCUGAGACUACAGGCAACCUGUGAUGAUUUUAUAGAGGGAAAAGUUGGUACCCUGGAUGGGUUAUAUGGCACCGGAGCUAAGUUACCCUCAGAGGAGUUUAUCAGCAGUAAGUUGACACCAAAGCUUGCUCGGCAAAUUCAGGAUGUUCUUGCACUCUGCAGUGGUAGUUUACCUUCUUGGUGUUAUCAGAUGACCAAAGCUUGUCCAUUUCUGUUUCCUUUUGAAACAAGAAGACAACACUUCUACUCCACAGCUUUUGGGUUAUCUAGGGCAUUGAAUCGUCUUCAGCAACAACAGGGUGAUAAUAAUAGCUCAGCGACUGAAAGAGAAGUCCGGAUUGGUAGAUUGCAACGCCAGAAAGUUCGUGUUUCUCGUAACCGGAUCCUGGAUUCUGCUGCCAAAGUAAUGGAGAUGUUCUCCAAUCAGAAGGCUGUUCUUGAAGUUGAAUACUUUGGUGAAGUGGGAACUGGACUUGGUCCAACUUUGGAGUUCUACACCCUCUUAAGUCAUGACCUGCAAAGGGUUGGCUUGGGAUUAUGGAGAUCUGAUUCUGAUUCUUUAGAAGCUAAAAAACUUGAUUCGCAUUCACCUGCUGAUAGCAGGAACUUGGUACAAGCACCUCUUGGCUUGUUCCCUCGGCCUUGGCCACCUAGUACUGCUUCUUCAGAGGGUAGUAAAUUCUUCAAAGUUGUUGAGUAUUUCCGCUUAGUUGGUCGAAUCAUGGCAAAAGCAUUGCAAGAUGGAAGGCUUCUUGAUUUGCCUUUGUCAACAGCAUUUUAUAAGCUUCUACUUGGACAGGAACUUGAUUUGUACGACAUACUAUCUUUUGAUGCUGAGUUUGGUAAAAUACUUCAAGAGUUGCAAGUUCUUGUUGAACGCAAGCGAUAUCUGGAGUCCUGCUCUAGUCAUAGUCAACAGAUAGAAGAAUUGGGCUUUCGUGGUGCUCCUAUUGAAGACCUAUGCUUAGAUUUUACUCUUCCGGGCUAUCCAGAUUUUGUUCUGAAGGAAGGUGAAGAAAAUACAGUGGUCUGCAUUUACAACUUAGAAGAGUACAUUUCGCUGGUAGUGGAUGCUACACUUAAGGCUGGAAUAAUGCGCCAAGUAGAAGCAUUCAAAGCUGGAUUUAAUCAGGUAUUUGAUAUAUCAUCACUCCAAAUAUUUUCUCCUCAAGAGCUUGACUAUCUCAUUUGUGGUCGACGGGAACUUUGGGAGCCGGAGACGCUGGUCGAACAUAUAAAGUUUGAUCAUGGUUAUACCUCGAAGAGUCCAGCAAUUGUCAAUCUACUUGAGAUCAUGACGGAAUUUACUCCGGAGCAACAACAUGCAUUCUGCCAGUUUGUGACUGGUGCUCCUCGGCUUCCACCUGGUGGCUUAGCCUCCCUAAAUCCUAAGCUGACUAUCGUUAGGAAGCACUCCUCGACUGCGGCGAAUACUUCAAAUGCAGCUGGAGCAGCAGAGUCUGCAGAUGACGAUCUGCCUAGUGUCAUGACUUGUGCCAACUAUCUUAAACUUCCGCCAUACUCGACAAAGGAGGUUAUGCACAAGAAGCUGCUUUAUGCUAUCAACGAAGGCCAGGGGUCGUUUGAUCUUUCAUAG